GGUAGCAUGACGAGUAAGAAACCAUGGCUCUUACUUGCUCUGCUUCUAAUCAUGUCUUAUUACAGAGCUUGCUUCUCCAUAGCUGCUGAUACCCUUUCACCAGGUCACUCUCUUUCUCAUUCAAAGAGAGAGACCAUAGUAUCUAAAGGUGGCACUUUUGAGUUGGGUUUCUUCAAACCAGGCACUUCAUCAAAAAUCUACCUGGGCAUAUGGUAUAAAAGGUUUCAUGAGGAAAUUGUUUGGGUAGCAAAUAGAGAAAACCCUUUGUCUUACCCAUCUUCCUCAACACUUUACCUCUCAGAAAAUGGCAAUCUACUCCUUUUUGAAGGUUCCUCCAAGAUCCCAGUUUGGUCAACAAAUUUGACAUUUCCCGGCUCAAAUAUAACUGAAGCAGUCCUUGGUGAUGAUGGAAAUUUUGUUUUGAGAGGUAGAUCGAACACGUCUUGUAUAUUUUGGGAGAGUUUCGACCAUCCAACCGAUACAUGGCUGCCAGGUGCAAAGCUUGGGAUCGAUAAGGUUACUGGAAAACCACAGCAGCUCAUUUCAUGGAAAAAUUCACAAGAUCCCUCACCUGGUGUGUUCUCGCAUGGGUUAGACCCAAAUGGAAGCAAUCAAUUUUUCUCACAGUGGAACAGAUCCCAAGUCUAUUGGGGUUCUGGACUUUUAAAUGUAACAUCUCUCAGCUCGGCUUCUAAAACGAGCCUUAUCUUCAACUACACUUUUGUGUCAAGUGAGAGAUAUUUUAUUUUCUAUCUUCUUAAACCUUCUACCCUUGCUAGAUUACGACUUGACCAAACAGGACAGAUUAGGACGCUGGUGUGGCUGUCUGGCGUUUCCAUUUGGAGUAUAUAUUGGUCUGGACCAACGAACCUAUCUGAUGUCUACGCUUUGUGUGGUGCAUUUGGCGUGCUACAAUACCCUGACAAUUUCUCAAACCCUUGUGAGUGUCUAAAAGGUUUCAAACCAUUUUCGAUGGAAGACACCAGACUAAAUGAUUGGUCAGGCGGCUGUGUGAGGAAAUCUCCUUUGCAAUGUCAGAAUAAUACGCAUGCUAAUAGCAAAAAAGAUUGGUUCAUGAAGAUACCAAACAUGCGAUUGCCUGUUUAUUCGAAAGCAUAUUUGGCCUUGAAUGCUAGCAGAUGUGAAUUGGCUUGCACGGAAAAUUGUUUUUGCACAGCUUACGCUUAUAAUAUGAGUGGGUGUAUGAUAUGGGAAGGAGAUCUCUUGAACUUACGUCAACUCUCACAUGGUGGCAAGAUUGGACAAGAUAUUUAUCUCAGACUUGCUGCUGCUGAGUAUCAAAAUACCAUAGGCAAAAAAUGCAGGGUAUGGGUAGUUGUGUUGGUUCCAGCAACAGGGCUUCUCUUAUGCCUCUUCAUUUGUUUUUCAUGCAAAGGAAAACUCAAACACAUAGGAAAGAAGGCUUCAAGCAGUAAUCUACUAUUAUUUGAUUUCGAUACUGAACUCCAUGCAAUCAAUGAUGGAAUGAACACCAACAAUAAUCUGAAUAAACGAGAGCAAGAUACUGAGUUACCACUAUUCAGUUAUAAGAGUGUAUCAGCUGCAACCAAUAAUUUCUUAGCUGUGAAUAAGCUUGGAGAAGGAGGCUAUGGACCUGUUUACAAGGGGAAAUUACUCAAAGGAAAGGAAAUUGCAGUGAAGAUGCUAUCAAAAAUAUCUGGACAGGGAAUUGAAGAGUUCAGAAAUGAGACAAUACUAAUUGCAAAACUCCAGCACAGAAAUCUUGUCAGACUCUUAGGUUGUUGUAUCGAGCGAGAAGAAAAGAUAUUAAUAUAUGAGUACAUGCCCAAUAAAAGUUUGGACUUCUACCUUUUCGAUCCAACCAAGAAACUGAUGUUAGGUUGGGAGACACGCAUACGCAUUAUUGAAGGGAUUGCUCAAGGGCUUCUUUAUCUUCAUCAAUAUUCAAGGUUACGAAUUAUACAUAGAGAUCUAAAACCAAGUAACAUUCUCUUAGAUAGUGAAAUGAAUCCAAAAAUAUCAGAUUUUGGCAUAGCUCGAAUAGUUGGAGGCAAUGAAACACAGGCAAACACAAACCGAAUUGUUGGAACUUAUGGAUACAUGUCUCCCGAAUAUGCUAUACAAGGUUUAUACUCGAUAAAGUCCGAUGUUUUUAGUUUUGGAGUAUUACUACUGGAGAUUAUAAGUGGCAAAAAGAAUAUUGGUUUCUAUAACCAUAGUUCACUUAGUCUUCUUAUAUAUGCUUGGGAGUUGUGGAGAGAUGAUCGAAGUUUGGAGUUGAUCGAUCCAACAAUAGAGUAUCCUUCUUCUAGUUCUAUUAUGUUGAGAUUCAUUAACAUCGGCCUUCUUUGUGUCCAAGAAAGCCCAACUGAUCGACCUACCAUGCUUGAUGUAGUCUUAAUGAUUAGCAAUGAGCAUGCACUUCUACCUACCCCUAAGCAACCAUCGUUUACCUCAUUCCAAAAUAUGAUGGACACAAAUUCAACAUUUGACAAUGUAGAAAAUUACUCAAAGAAUAGCGUAACUAUUUCAACAAUGGAAGCCCGAUGACUGAUUCCUAUACCAAAUAAAAUAAAUGUUGUAGAACCAACCUUUUUGUAUAAUUUGUAUGCAUAUUGAUAUACUACAUACUUGUC